UAACUGAUAUGAGCACGACAUGCCGGCAACUCGAUCGUGUCACAACCAAGCCCCCCAUCUUCACCCCUGUCGCGACCCAGAGAGAUAAUUUGCUAGAUGGGCAGCAAAUCCGUGAAAUCUCUGCAUGCCGCGUUUCUCCCGUUGCCGCGGGCUUCUUGGUUCUUCAGAGUUCGGGGCUAGAAUCCGGCAACUAAGGCUUCGGGGGUCAGGGGCUAAAAGGCUAAUGGAUGGGAGCUGGGAGUCAUUUCACCGGGUUUCCUCCCUCUAUCCCCCCCCGCCUCGAUUCAGUCCUUGUUGCAUUUCAAUCUCGGCGAAACGGUAUCUUGCAAAAUGCCUGAGUUCUGAAUACCCCUUUGAUGGGACAGUUCUUGACAACGGUGGGUUCUUGGCGAGUCAUGUCCCCAGUUGACAGUUCAAGAUGGUUUUGAGAGUGGACGUUGGAUGGAGCCUCGUUGUAUGGAGAGUGGACGUUUACAUGACUCGCAUGCCAAGGACUUACGUAUCCCACUGCAAAUUAUACCAUAGUACAUGUAGUUGAGUGUUCGUUCUUAUGCCGGUAAUCCGGUCCCUUUUGCAGGGGGUAAGUAGUAUGGAUCGGUGUAUCUGGACAGAGGCACAGCUUUGGGCUCAGGCACCGUUACAUAUCUCCGAAUCUGUAUCAAUCUCGAGUUAGACUGUUGUCUAUCAGCGGGGAUACGGCGAGGGGGGAGCCUGGAGAAGGGGGCUUGUUAGUGCCGGCAUACUAAUCGUCAACACCUGGGUUUCGUCCCCAGAGCCACAAAAGGAGGUUUCGCCGUGCAUAAACGAGGCCCGGAGAAUUCAUCGCUGCUUUCUUUCUCAGGCCGGUCGAUUGUCUUUCUCGAAAUUUUGGACUUAGUUGACUGGCUACGGGCUCCAGGUCAACCCAGGACGGUCUGAUAGAUAGAAUGGCCUCAACAACGACAACGAUGACGACGACGACCGACACCACUUCCCACACGGGAACAGCAAUCAUCGCCAUCAAUGUUAUCCUCGCUGUGAUAGCCACCAUCACCUGUGUAGGGCGGUUUUGGGCACGAAAGCUCACGGGUGUGGGAUGGGGUCUUGACGACUGGCUGGCGCUGAUCAGCCUGAUCAUCAACCACGCCUUCUGCGCAACCACGAUUGAGGCCACCGUCCACGGUGGCCUGGGUCGGAGCAUCGUCGACGUGAUGGCUGAGGACCCGAACAUGCUGGUCAUAUUCCUCAAGUGCGUGGUCGUUGCCGAGUUCUGUUACGGCUUCUCGUCCCCGCUGAUCAAACUGUCUCUGCUGGCCUUCUACUGGCGCGUGUUCCCGACGCAGUUCAUGCAGAGGGGCAUCUACGUGCUGUCGGCCAUGUGUCUCGGCUGGCUCGUCGCCAUCUUCAUAACCAACUGCUUGCAGUGCCGCCCGCUCUCAUACUCAUGGGAGCAGACGACGAACCCUGGCGCGGGCACCUGCAUUGACCUGGUCCUCUACUUCGUGGGAAACUCCAUAGCCAACAGCCUCAUCGACAUCUUCACGCUGGUGCUGCCGAUCCGCGAGACCCUGAAGCUGCAGGUCAGCUCGCAUAAGAAAGUCGGCAUUUGCUGUGUUUUCGGCCUGGGAAGUCUUGUCGUUGUUGCAAGCCUUGUACGUUUCGGUUCUUUGGCCUCUCUCUAUUCGAUAGGCGUGACGGACAUGACCCAGCAGUACGCCCUCAUGUGGACGGCCACCGUCGUGGAGAUCUACAUUGCCAUCAUCGGCGCCUGCGCAGUCACCCUCGUCCCCGUGUACCGCAAGAUGCGCUAUGGAACGCCGUGGUCGACCCGGGAUCAGAAGUCCAACCAGGUCUCGUCGGGCACCGGAGCCUUCGCCGGCACCGGCGGCGGCGCCGGGUCGCGGCCGGGCGUCCACAACUUCAAGCGCUCUGCGAACCACGAGCGUCUGACCACGGGCAACGAUUCCGAGGAGUACCUCCACCACGGCGGCGGCAUGAAGUACUCGGUAUCUGGGGCGACGGGUUCCGGUGACAAGAGCGACGUACUGGGAGACGAUUUGCCCAUGGACACUAUCGUCGUCCAGAGGGACGUUACGUGGGAGGAGGAGCGGAAGGAGAAGCAGCAUGUGUAGGCCUUUGACGAGACCGUGUAGUUCUGCUGUACAAUUUUAAUCAUGUAACUAUAUACCAAUGACGGCAUCUGUUGUUGGCUAUACGAAGGAGCAGGUAUGGAGCAGUCCGAACAACAGGCUGUUUGCGAGGAAUCCCGGGUCUUAAUCCGUCUUUUUCUUCUUGAUGCCUGGGAAAAACAGCCUGCCUUGCUUGGCAAACAAAUAUCUCCCACAAAGUUUGAACUAACUUGGAG